AUGGCCAGCACUGAAGAGACGUUUACCCUCAUUACACGAAAUCUCCAAGAGGUUUUGGGCGCCGAUAUCAUCCGCUCCGUCCUCGCUGAAGGACGGCCACUACGAUGCUACUGGGGAACCGCUCCGACUGGUCGACCACAUAUCGGAUAUCUCGGACCUCUUACGAAAAUCGCAGACUUUUUACGCGCUGGUUGCGAGCGGGCAAGUUUUCUGCAUUCAAAAACGAUCCGAUUCUCUAAACCUCCCCUAGAUGUCCACGCAUUUCUGGAUAACAUGAAAGCACCCCUCGAGCUCGUGGCACACCGAGUCAAGUACUACGAAUUCGUCCUCCGUGCCGUCUUCAAAGCCAUCCCCGUCCCCAUCGAAAAGCUCAAGUUUGUCGUCGGGUCAAGUUACCAGUUGACAAAGGAGUACAAUAUGGACAAUUACCGUCUGUGUGCGACUGUGACGGAGCACGAUGCCAAAAAGGCCGGUGCAGAGGUUGUGAAACAAGUCUCGAGUCCACUUCUUAGUGGACUACUUUACCCGGGCCUACAGGCACUCGACGAGGAGUACCUCGGUUGCGAUUUCCAGUUUGGUGGUGUUGAUCAGCGUAAAAUCUUUACGUACGCCGAACUCUACCUACCCAAACUAGGCUACAAGAAGCGGGCACAUCUAAUGAACCAGAUGUUACCAGGAUUGACGGGCGGAAAAAUGUCCGCAUCGGAUCCAAAUAGCAAGAUUGACUUCCUGGACUCCCCCGCGCAGCUAAAGAAGAAGCUAAAGGGCGCAUUUUGUGAAGAAGGAAACGUGGAGAACAAUGCGCUUCUUUCCUUUGUCAAAGCUGUCCUUAUGCCGAUAUCCAGUCUCCGUCUCGAGACUCAAGACCCAGUACACAAGACGUUUGUUUACAAGGGCCAAGAGGGUGAGGAGCCGGCCCCUGCUGGAACCAUCUUCAGCGUGCCGAGACGCGAUCAGUCGACAUUGCACUAUGCCACAUUUGAACCGAUGGAAGAAGACUUUAGGAACAAGCUCAUCCAUCCUGGAGACCUCAAGGCUGUUGUGACUACGGCACUUACGGAACUCCUCGAGCCCGUGCAAAAGGAAUUUGAGAAUUCCAAGGAAUGGCAAGAGGUGACUAACCUCGCCUAUCCAGCUGCGGUUACUGCAAAGGUCGUCAAGCCGAAAAAGGAAAAGGGAAAAGGGAAGCCAAAGGGAACAGACGCGACGGGUGAGGCGCAAACCGCACUCUCGACCGCAACGGAGGAGGUAAAAGGCGCCCCUCCAGCUGCAGCAGCACUUGAGCAGGCUGGAGAGAACGAAGACUGA